UCCUCUUCUGCUGCCGGAACGUCCCAGUGUGACACCAACCGGAAGUAAACAAGCCGCUAGCAGCAUCGUUAGCUUUCCUCGUGUGAGGACGGAGCAGGAAGACGGUUGUGUUGUCGUCUCUCAGCUGAAUAUUUGAGUGUUUCAGCAACAAUGUCUUCAGUUCAGCAUCUGAGAGAGUUUAUCAGCGAGCGACUAACUGCUGCUGCUGAAGAAAUAUUCACAGAGUUUGAAAAAACCAUCGUCCAGUACGAAGAAGAGAUCGAUCGUCAGCGCAGACUGCUGGAUAUCACCUGGAAUCCACAGAUAAAGUUAAUCAGAACAGAGGUUCCACAUCAAUAUGUCUACAAGGUGGAUGAAGCUCUUCAAGAAGACCAGCAGCUGUGCAACCAGAACUCAAACCUGGACCAGGAGCAACCAGAGUCUGCUCGUAUUAAAGAGGAAGAGGAGGAACUCCUCAGCAGUCAGGAGGAAGAGCAGCUUUGGCUGAAGGAUGAAACUGAUCAAUUUCAACAGCUCAUCCAGGGGAAUCCCGAGGCGUUCCCAGGCCAGCCGAGAGAUGUCGUCCGUCCAGCAUGUCCUGGGUCUUCCCCGCGGCCUCCUCCAGAUGGGACAUGCCCGAACACCUCAUCAGGGAGGCGUCCUGGAGAGGUUCCACAUCAAUAUGUCUACAAGGUGGAUGAAGCUCUUCAAGAUGACCAGCAGCUGUGCAACCAGAACUCAAACCUGGACCAGGAGCAACCAGAGUCUGCUCGUAUUAAAGAGGAAGAGGAGGAACUCCUCAGCAGUCAGGAGGAAGAGCAGCUUUGGCUGAAGGAUGAAACUGAUCAAUUUCAACAGCUCAUCCAGGGGAAUCCCGAGGCGUUCCCAGGCCAGCCGAGAGAUGUCGUCCGUCCAGCAUGUCCUGGGUCUUCCCCGCGGCCUCCUCCAGAUGGGACAUGCCCGAACACCUCAUCAGGGAGGCGUCCUGGAGAGGUUCCACAUCAAUAUGUCUACAAGGUGGAUGAAGCUCUUCAAGAUGACCAGCAGCUGUGCAACCAGAACUCAAACCUGGACCAGGAGCAACCAGAGUCUGCUCGUAUUAAAGAGGAAGAGGAGGAACUCCUCAGCAGUCAGGAGGAAGAGCAGCUUUGGCUGAAGGAUGAAACUGAUCAAUUUCAACAGCUCAUCCAGGGGAAUCCCGAGGCGUUCCCAGGCCAGCCGAGAGAUGUCGUCCGUCCAGCAUGUCCUGGGUCUUCCCCGCGGCCUCCUCCAGAUGGGACAUGCCCGAACACCUCAUCAGGGAGGCGUCCUGGAGAGGUUCCACAUCAAUAUGUCUACAAGGUGGAUGAAGCUCUUCAAGAUGACCAGCAGCUGUGCAACCAGAACUCAAACCUGGACCAGGAGCAACCAGAGUCUGCUUGUAUAAAAGAGGAAGAGGAGGAACUCCUCAGCAGUCAGGAGGAAGAGCAGCUUUGGCUGAAGGAUGAAACUGAUCAGUUUUCAAUACCGGCUGCUCAUGAGGAAGAUGGUCACAGUGAUCCAGAACCAAACAGGGACCAUAUUCCCUCUUACAGUCCUCCUGCAGACCAACAUUCACCUUUAGAGGAAAGCACGGUUGAAGACUCAGGACCAACAACGUGUGCAGAUACAGAGCCAGAAAAGAGCUGUCUAACGGAGACAAAUGAGAACGUAGGAGAGGCCUUUCUGUUAGAAAGUCAUUGUAAUGAAAGAGAUGAGAAACAACAUUCCUGCAAGUUCUGUGGGAAACAGUUUGAAACGAAAAGUAAGUUAACUGUUCAUGUAAGAACGCACACAGGAGAGAGACCGUACUCUUGUCAAACAUGUGGGAAAUGUUUCAGUCUCAAGAGUACUUUGGUGAAACACAUGAGAAUUCACACGGGUGAGAAGCCGUAUUCUUGUCAAAGAUGUGGAAAAUGUUUCAGUCAAAAUACUCAUUUGGUGAACCACAUGACAACUCACACAGCUAAGAAGCUGUAUUCUUGUCCAACAUGUGGAAAAUGUUUCAGUCUCAGGAGUACUUUGGUGAAACACAUGAGAAUUCACACGGGUGAGAAGCCAUAUUCUUGUCAAACAUGUGGAAAAUGUUUCAGUCAAAAUACUCAUUUGGUGAACCACAUGACAACUCACACAGCUAAGAAGCUGUAUUCUUGUCCAACAUGUGGAAAAUGUUUCAGUCUCAAGAGUACUUUGGUGAAACACAUGAGAAUUCACACAGCUGAGAGGCCGUAUUCUUGUCCAACAUGUGAGAAAUGUUUCAGUCAAAAUCAAUAUUUGUUACGCCACAUUACAACUCACACAGCUGAGAGACCGUAUUCUUGUCAAACAUGUGGAAAAUGUUUCGGUCGCCAAAAUACUUUGGUGCGCCACAUGAGAAUUCACACAGGUGAGAAGCCGUAUCCUUGUCAAACAUGUGGAAAAUGUUUCAGUGACAAGAGUACUUUGGUGAAACACAUGAGAAUUCACACGGGUGAGAAGCCGUAUUCUUGUCAAACAUGUGGAAAAUGUUUCCUUCGCCAGGAUGCUUUGGUGAAACACAUGAGGAUUCACACAGCUUAGACAGAUAAAUAGUAGCAUGAAAUUACUCAUCUAGUUUCAUAUUGGACGUAUUUCUGUGGUACGCAAGGUCCACUUUACAAAUCUCUCAUGUCAUUAAUUUAUUUUAUAAGUUUUGUGAAGUUGUUGCAGAAUUUUGACGUCCUCUGCCGCUGCUUUGUUUCCUGGUCCGCUGCCAUAUUUUCCCCCUGGCAGACUUUAUUGUGCACGUGCAACUCUCAGCAGAGAUAAAGAAAGAAGA